AUGUUUAUAACUGGCUAUGCUGUGAUGGCUGGUGCUGCAGAAAGGCUUGUGCUUGGAUAUGACAGCUUUGGGAAUAUAUGUGGUAGGAAGAAUACUCCUGUAAAAGGGGCACCCUUUUCUGGACAGGACAUGAGUAAUAAAAAGUAUGUGUUCUUUCUGAAUUCAUGCAGCCUGGAAAUGCAAAGUUCUUGUCUUUGCAUUUACAACCUGAACAUUUCCAGUUACACACUAAAUCCAAAGGCAGCUGAGCUGUGUCCCGCACUGCCAGUUCCACCAAGUAAAUCUUUUCCAUUAUUUAAUCGAUGUGUUCCACAAAAUCCUGAAUGCUAUUCCAAAUACGCAUCUGUCUUAAUAAGUAUGGUUAAUGAAAUGGAUGUUUUUCACCGAAUUCUGAGUGGAAUAUUGGCAGGAAGACAUACUGUGAUAGGACUGAGUUUCCUCGCACUAGCCUUCUCUUUUAUACUGGUUUUAGUCUUCAGAUUCAUUCGAAACCUUCUGGUCCAUACUUUGAUUGCACUGGUUGUAUUUGGGUUGUUGUUUGUCUCAGGUGUCCUCUGGUGGCUGUAUUAUGACUACAGGAACGAUCCCAGCACUGAAUUGGAAACAGAAAAGGAAAAUGUAAAGUUUCUACUUGGAUAUGCUAUCUUCUCAACCUUAUUUACUGUUGUUUUGCUUUCCCUUAUACUUGUACUAAGGAAGAGGCUUCAGUUCACUGUACAGUUGUUUCGGAUUGUUGGUAAAAUCAUAGGCAGAAUUUCUUUCCUCCUGUUCCAACCACUCUGGACCUUUCUGAUUCUUAUUGUGUUCUGGAUAUUUUGGGUUGCUGUACUGCUUAGCUUAGGAACUGCAGGUACUGCGCAGAGUACUUCAGGAGGACAGGUAGAAUACAGAGGUCUGUCUGGAAUUUCCUACAUGGUGUGGUAUCAUUUCAUUGGCCUCAUCUGGACUAGUGAAUUCAUUCUUGCUUGUCAGCAAAUAACAAUUGCAGGGGCAGUGGUUGCUUGUUACUUCAACAGAAAUAAAAAAAGCCCACCACGUCAUCCAGUCCUGUCUUCCAUAUCAGUUCUUUUCUGCUAUCAUCUAGGAACUGCUGUGAAAGGCUCAUUUCUAAUCACAAUGCUGAGAAUACCAAGGAUUGUUCUCUCUUACCUUUAUAAUAUCCUAAACCAAAAGGUAGGUAUUACAUGUGCAAAAUGCCUGUUCAAGUGCUGUUUCUGCUGGUUUUGGUGCCAUGAAAGUUGCUUAAGAUACUUUAACCAGCAUGCAUACGUAACUACAGCCAUAAAUGGGACAAAUUUUUGUACAUCAGCAAAAGAUGCUGUCUUUAUUUUGUCAAAGAAUUCUGCUCGACUUGCAUCCAUUAGCUGUUUUGGAGAUUUUAUCCUAUUUCUAGGAAAGGUGUUUGUUGUAUGUUUUACUGUUUUUGGAGGCUUGAUGGCAUUUAACUACCAUCGGGAGUUGCAAACUUGGGUAGUUCCUCUGUUGCUUGUUGGAUUUUUUGCCUACUUUAUGUCCCACUGCUUUCUGUCUGUGUUUGAAGUGACAGCGGAUGCCAUGUUCCUUUGCUUUGCUAUCGAUAUGGAAACAAAUGAUGGAUCUGCAGAGAAGCCAUACUUCGUGGAUCAGGAACUGCUGACUUUUGUGAGUCAGAGUAACAAGUUAACAGAUGGGCAAAAACAAAGAAGCAUGAGAUCUUUCCAGGACAAUGAAGAUGGGACAGAGCUCCAACCUAUGGUGAGACAGAAGCGUGGGAUACGGAUUUAUCUGCGAGCUAAUGCGUUUGCCUUUAUAUCCCAAGAAGAUUGGAUUGUGCCCAGCAAAGGAGGAGAAAGAUCGGACAGUGGCAAAGGGGUGGGAGAUGAAGCCUAUUCAGGUAGUCCUUCACAUGCCUGCUGUAGCAAAGUCAGUGGUAGGCUGCUUGAUUUCAUGCUGGAACUGCCACAGUUCCAGAGACUUGAAGUGCGCCAGGAAGUAUGA